AUGCCAGGGGCAACGAUGGACUCCGAGCUGCCCGUGGAGCCACAGUCGCUGAAGAAGCUGAGCUUCAAAUCCUUGAAGAGAGCUCUGGAUCUAUUCUCUCCUACCCACGGACAAUUGCCGCUGCCUGAUACGGAAAGUAAGAAGAUUCGAGUAAGUCAUAAGCUAAAUGGUGAGUAUGGAUGUGUGAAAAAUGUGGCAACCGAAAGUUCUGCUCGUGUGGCAGCUGCAAAAAGUCGAGCAAAGCAGACUUCUACCACCUCAAAUGUCUUGGCACUUCCAGGUAUUGCAAGAUACCUAACCUUAAAUGAUGUGUUGGUGUUCAAAUUUAUUAACUCUGAAUUGGUGAAGAUUUGUCAUUUGAGUAUGCAUGUUAAGAAAUCUCAUUUGUUUGUGAUGCUCAGGAAUCUGUCUACUUCUGCCAUUAUGGAGAGAAUUCCAAGUAGAUGGCCUCGCCCUGUAUGGCAUGCACCGUGGAAGAAUUAUAGAGUCAUUAGUGGCCAUUUGGGCUGGGUGCGGUCGGUUGCUGUUGACCCAAGUAAUAAUUGGUUUUGCACAGGGUCUGCUGAUCGAACAAUCAAGAUAUGGGACUUAGCAAGUGGCCGCCUGAAACUGACACUUACUGGUCACAUUGACCAAGUACGAGGUCUAGCUGUUAGCAGCAAGCACACAUACAUGUUUUCCGCUGGUGAUGACAAAUUAGUAAAAUGUUGGGACCUAGAGCAGAAUAAGGUUAUUCGUUCUUAUCAUGGUCAUCUUAGUGGUGUGUAUUGCUUGGCUCUUCAUCCCACUAUUGACAUUUUGUUUACUGGAGGACGAGAUUCCGUAUGUCGGGUGUGGGAUAUUCGCAGCAAAACGCAAAUUCAUGCACUUUCUGGACAUGAGAAUACAGUAUGUUCAGUCUUCACAAGGCCUACAGAUCCACAAGUGAUAACAGGUUCUCAUGAUUCAACUAUAAAGCUAUGGGACCUUAGAUACGGUAAAACAAUGGCAACUCUCACACAUCAUAAGAAAUCUGUGCGGGCCAUGGCUCUUCAUCCUAAGGAGGACUGUUUUGUAUCUGCAUCUGCUGAGAACAUUAAAAAGUUUAAACUUCCAAAGGGGGAAUUCAUGCACAAUAUGCUCUCCCAACAGAAAACUAUUAUUAAUUCUGCAGCAGUCAACGAGGAGGGUGUACUUGCCACUGCAGGUGACAAUGGAAGUUUGUGGUUCUGGGACUGGACGAGCGGUCACAAUUUCCAGCAAGCCCAGACAAUCGUACAACCCGGUUCGUUGGAUAGUGAAUCCGGUAUAUACGCGAUUACGUAUGAUAUAACUGGUUCGAGGCUGAUUACUUGUGAGGCGGAUAAGACGAUCAAAAUGUGGAAAGAGGAUGAGAUGGCGACACCAGAGACUCAUCCCCUUCAUUUUAAGCCACCCAAAGACAUGCGGCGCUUUUAA